AUGAAUCCCAGGCCUGCUCAUUUGGCAGUACAAACCUCAAUGAAAGUUAGUGGGAGUUAAGGCUUUUGAACCUUCCAAGUGCUGUAGAUAAUGCCACUAUUAAGGUUGAUGUUUCCUGUGAGAUACUUGCCUGUGUCUGGAUUCACAAAUGUGAUUUGUCAGUUAAGCUUGAGAUCAAAUUCUUCCAGAGGCCCGUCAUGAAGGAAGGAGAAUAGUGUGAUCCAUGAUAAUGUGAAGGGUUCAGAAUCCAAUUUUAAAUGGUGCAAGCCCUACAGCAAUGUAGUCUGUAAGUAAUAGAAGGUAUUGUUGGGCAGUGAUAUGCCAAAUCUGUGUGCUACAUCGAUCAGCUCCAUUGUUUUUGUAUGGUAUUUUAGGUUAGAGAGUACUUUCAUUUUAGAAGAUAUUUGAAAAUACAUCAAUUUCUUAGGGAUGCAGAGGGAAUGUUAGUGGGAAUAUGCAUUUUGCUCUGUCUUCUGAGUUUUAUGAGCACAACUUUGCCGAAAUGUGGUAUUUUUGUAGGCUUCUGUGACCAUUUAAAAGCAUGAUUAUUGAUGUAAAAUGUGACUGUCCAGAUGGCAAAGGAGAGGCUAGUGAUAAAUGGCCUUUGGCACUUUGCCGAGCAUGAGUCUUCUGCCCUAUUUCUGAGUUGAUACCUUUACCUUCUAGCAUGGACCACCUGUGCAUCAGAGCUUGGGGGAGCUGUAGGACUCUUCUGCAGACUCUACAGACUAUUAGGAGGGGCUGUUUGUGGGGAUGAUUUGGUCACAAAGGUACUCCAUGAUUUAUGACUGAAUCACGUCAUACAAAAUGGACUUCAUUUGAAGAUUGGUCACUGGUCUUAAGUGGUACUUUUUGUGUUGCUAGAGACUGCUUGAAUUGUUUUAUUCUCUGUGUUUUGAGUCAGGGGGGUCUUUAGAUUUGACAGCUUGUGCUGAGUUGAAGUGCUGUGCACUGAGGAUCACCAUGGCAUCACUAGGUUCUCGGCCUUUUUGGAUCUACACAGUGGAAGUUGCAUCUUGUGUAUGGCGUGGUUAAGCUUGCAGCCUGUCACCUCGGCCUUCCUCCAUUUUGGGCUGGUUACUUUUGUGCUGUUUUUGCAUGGUUUGCAGGUGGAUGCUGGCCUGACGGGAGACUCAACCAGUACAGUACAAAACAGCUCGUGUUCAGGAUCUUUUGACUGCAAGGAGGGUGUUAUCCUGCCAAUAUGGUACCCAGAAAACCCAUCCCUUGGGGACAAAAUUGCCCGUGUUAUCGUAUACUUUGUAGCGCUGAUCUACAUGUUCCUUGGAGUCUCCAUCAUUGCAGAUCGUUUCAUGGCAUCUAUAGAGGUCAUUACAUCACAGGAGAAAGAAAUAACAAUUAAGAAACCCAAUGGAGAGACCACAACAACCACGAUUCGGAUUUGGAAUGAAACUGUUUCCAACUUGACCCUCAUGGCUCUGGGCUCCUCUGCUCCUGAGAUCCUCUUGUCUCUGAUAGAAGUGUGUGGGCAUGGAUUCAUGGCUGGAGACCUGGGGCCAUCUACAAUUGUUGGCAGCGCUGCUUUCAAUAUGUUUAUCAUCAUUGCCAUCUGUGUCUAUGUGAUCCCUGAUGGGGAAACCAGGAAGAUAAAACACCUGAGGGUUUUCUUUGUCACAGCUGCAUGGAGCAUCUUUGCUUACAUCUGGUUAUACAUGAUCCUUGCUGUCUUCUCUCCAGGUGUGGUUCAGGUUUGGGAAGGCCUGCUCACGCUGUUUUUCUUUCCACUUUGUGUCGUUCUGGCUUGGAUAGCAGAUAGACGUCUGCUUUUCUACAAGUAUAUGCACAAAAAGUACCGUACUGAUAAGCACAGGGGCAUUAUCAUAGAAUCAGAAGGUGAUCACCCUAAGGGAAUUGAGAUGGAUGGCAAGAUGAUGAACUCUCACUUUCUAGAUGGGAACUUAGUGACUGUGGAGGGGAAGGAGGUAGAUGAAUCUCGCAAAGAGAUGAUCCGGAUCCUAAAGGACCUGAAGCAAAAGCACCCAGAAAAGGACUUGGACCAGCUGGUGGAGAUGGCCAACUACUAUGCCUUGUCUCAUCAGCAGAAGAGCAGAGCCUUUUAUCGCAUUCAAGCAACCAGAAUGAUGACAGGAGCUGGCAAUAUUCUGAAAAAACAUGCAGCUGAGCAAGCCAAGAGAACCACUAGCUUGCAUGAGGUACGGCCAGAAGAACCCGAGGAAUUCAUCUCCAAAAUUUAUUUUGACCCAUGCUCCUACCAGUGUCUUGAGAACUGUGGUGCUGUUCUCCUGACAGUGGUGCGGAAAGGAGGGGACAUGUCCAAGACCAUCUAUGUGGACUAUAAAACAGAGGAUGGCUCUGCCAAUGCUGGUGCUGACUAUGAGUUCACAGAGGGGACUGUUGUCUUGAAAUCCGGGGAGACCCAGAAGGAGUUCUCUGUGGGAAUUAUUGAUGAUGACAUCUUUGAGGAAGAUGAGCAUUUCUUUGUGCGGCUCAGUAAUCUCCGUGUGGUGGAGAGUGAGGAGCCUCCAGAGCUCAGUAACUCCCCAUACCCAAAGGCCAUGUUGGCUUCUCCUUGUGUGGCCACAGUGACUAUCCUGGACGAUGACCACGCUGGCAUCUUCACAUUUGAGUGUGACAUUAUACACGUCAGUGAGAGCAUUGGUGUGAUGGAAGUCAAAGUCCUAAGGACAUCAGGUGCGCGGGGUACAGUCAUAGUGCCAUUUAGGACAGUAGAAGGGACAGCAAAAGGAGGUGGCGAAGACUUUGAAGACACUUACGGGGAGUUGGAGUUCAAGAAUGAUGAAACUGUCAAAACAGUUCACAUCAAGGUAAUUGAUGAUGAGGAGUAUGAAAAAACCAAGAAUUUCUUCAUUGAGCUGAUGAGCCCCCGCAUGGUGGAUAUGAGUUUACAGAAAGCCCUACUGCUCACACAAGAGGUGGCUGAGAGGAAGAUGACAGUAGAAGAGGAGGAAGCCAAGAGAAUAGCAGAGAUGGGCAAACCCAUACUCGGCGAGCACCCCAAACUGGAAGUCAUCAUUGAGGAGUCCUAUGAGUUCAAGAGCACCGUGGACAAGCUGAUUAGGAAGACAAACCUGGCUUUGGUUGUAGGGACACAUUCCUGGAGGGACCAGUUCAUGGAGGCCAUUACUGUGAGCGCAGCAGGUGAUGAGGAUGAGGAUGAGUCUGGUGAGGAGCGCCUGCCAUCCUGCUUUGACUACGUGAUGCACUUCCUGACAGUCUUCUGGAAGGUGCUGUUUGCCUGCGUGCCCCCCACUGAGUACUGCAAUGGCUGGGCCUGCUUCAUCGUCUCCAUCCUCAUCAUCGGCAUGCUCACGGCCGUCAUCGGCGACCUCGCCUCCCACUUUGGCUGCACCAUUGGCCUCAAGGACUCGGUGACUGCUGUCGUCUUCGUCGCCUUCGGCACCUCUGUACCAGACACCUUUGCCAGCAAAGCCGCAGCCGUCCAGGACAUGUACGCUGAUGCCUCCAUCACCAAUGUCACGGGCAGCAACGCUGUCAACGUCUUCCUGGGCAUCGGGCUGGCGUGGUCGGUGGCAGCGAUCUACUGGGCGUCGCAGGGGCAGGAGUUCCAGGUGUCAGCAGGCACCCUGGCCUUCUCCGUCACCCUCUUCACCAUCUUCGCCUUCAUCUGCAUCAGCGUCCUCCUCUACCGCCGGCGGCCCCACCUUGGGGGGGAGCUGGGCGGCCCCCGGGGCUGCAAAGUGGCCACGACAUUGCUCUUCGUCAGCCUCUGGCUGCUCUACAUCCUCUUCGCCACCCUGGAGGCCUACUGCUACAUCAAGGGGUUUUAGGCGGCGGCGGAGGGACGGUGCUGCCGGGGAGGGACCCCUCCUCUGCUACCCCACCGCACACCGGUCCCGGGAGCGCGGUUUUGCUGGAGGGACGGACGGACGGCCGUCUGUCAGGGCCGCCGCUGCCCACACCGCCGGACAGCCGCGUGCCAAGAAGGGCAAAACCAUCGCAGAGUGACAGAAACAGAGAGACGAAACCCAUCCAAAAAUGGUACAAAAGAAAGCAACAAUGGCAAGUGUUGAAAUAAAACACAAUAAACCCAGGCACUGACCCUAUUCAAUGAAAUUAUGAAGUUUCAACUAUCUCCAAAAGGCCACCUCUCCCACAGGGGGUCAUCUCCUUUCCUGCCGAGCACCCCUCCACUGUAAGGAGAUGUUUCCUCAUUUUUACUAGUUGAGAAUUGCAGAAGUCUGGUUCAGGAAUUUGUGGGGGUUUUUUUCUUUUUUUUUUCUGUUUGCUCGUUGCUUUUUGGUUCUGGGGGAGCACGCUGAUUCUUUUUUUCUUUUCUUUUUUACUACUUAAUCCGAAAAAUGUUAAAAAGUUAAACUCAAAGCUUCAAGCUGCCGUCAGUGCUGGAACUGAACAUGUGUAUUUCUGAAGCCACAAAAGACUGUGACACAGUCAAAAAACUUUUUCACUAUUACCCGUUUCCUCCCCUGCCACCUUCCAUUUCUUUCUUUUUUAAGAACAUCACAAGACUGAUAUAUUUUUAAUACAAACACAGACACACAGUCACACACAUUUAGUGACAAAAGCUGGAGCAUGUAGCAUCUCAAUCACCUGCCUGGGCUAAGAAAAAAGGAAGGAGAAAAAACCCCAACCCUCUAAUACAAUAUGUGUCAUGUA